AUGUUGAUCUCGAAGCUCCAAUACCGGGUCAUUUUCAUCGCAGCCAUCCUAGGCUUGAUCGCGCUGGGCCUGCUAUAUCGAUCAUAUCCCGACGUACCAUAUAGAUUCGCCCACGGCUAUGGGACCAGCGAGCCCAAUGAUGGAAGCGCAACUGAAGAGAAGCCGGCGGCACAGAAGUCGUGGCUCUAUGCCGGCCCCAAAGCACAGGACAAGGCGGUGAUCAUGGCACGGAUUCACACAGAAGAUGUUUUGUGGGCGUACGAGCACCUCUCGGACUGGAAGCUUGGUAUAUAUCACAUGGACAACGAGACGGAGAACGGCCUGCAUCCACCAAGGAACAAGGGAAGGGAAGCGAUGGCAUAUCUCUCAUUCAUCAUCGAUCACUACGAAAACCUUCCAGCAUACAUGGUCUUUGUGCACCCGCAUCUGAAGGGAUGGCCUGAAGCGUGGCAUACCGACAGCGACGACCAUGACCAGGUCAAAUCCAUCCAAUCACUCCGACUCGAAUAUCUGGAUAAGCACGGAUACGCGAACAUGCGAUGCAUUCACGACCCAGGCUGCCCAGCUGAAAUUCAGGUCGACCGGCAAGACGACCACCGGACAGCUGAGCAUGCGAUGCGCGAGGCGUGGCCGUACAUGUUCGGCGGCAACUACAGCGACAUCCCCAAGAAGAUUGCGCAACCGUGUUGUUCGCAAUUCGCCAUCUCCAAAGCUCAAACUCUGGAACGUCCCAAGUCGGACUAUGAGCUCUACCAGAAGUGGUUGCUUGAAACACCGCACGACGACGCGACCAGUGGGCGUGUAUUCGAGUAUCUCUGGCAAGUCAUCUUUGGCCAGGGUGCGGUCUAUUGCCCAAGUCUACGUCAAUGUUGGUGCGAGCAGUUCGGACGAUGCUAG